AUGAAAGUUUUGAAAGCUGAAUCCCAAGUUGUUGCUGGAAUUCGAUAUGUCUUCGAAGUACUCUUCGGCGAGUCGACAUGUAAGAAAGGACAUGUCUCCGCAACUGAACUUUCUGCAGCCAAUUGUGAGCUGAAACAAGGAGGAAAUAGAGCGCUGUACAAAGUUGAACUGUGGGAAAAGCCAUGGGAGAACUUCGAACAGUUUAACGUAGAGAAGAUCAGAAACGUUGAACCUCACGAGCAACUCUAA